CCUGCACCUCCCUCCUUGCUGCAGCUUUCUGUGUGAUGUGAAGAGAGAGAGGCAGAGGUACCCACUGCUCUGGCAUCUUCCCUGGCAUUCAGACACACCAUGCUGCCUCCCUCCUCUGCCUUCCUCUUCUGCUCUGCUUUUCUGUCCUUCACAGUGUUUUGCCUGGCGGUGGGAUUUACAGGAGGAUAUGGUCCAGUUUUUGAGGAACAACCUCAGAAUACCCUCUUCCCAGAAGGGUCUGCGGAGGAACAAGUGACAUUGUCUUGUCGUGCCAGAGCUAUCCCUUCAGCCACCUACAGGUGGAAACUCAAUGGAACCGACUUGAUUCUGGUAGCAAAUUCAAGUUACCUGCUAGUUGGAGGGAACCUGGUAAUUUCCAACCCAACGCAGUCCAAGCACGCAGGGACCUAUCAGUGUGUGGCGUCCAACCCGAGGGGCACAGUUUACAGCAGUGAGGCUUUGUUGCGUUUUGGCUACCUCUAUGAAUUUCCCCCUGAGGAGAGGGGUCCUGUUAAAGUGACAGAGGGAUUGGGAGUUAUGCUUCCAUGCAAUCCACCACAGCACUAUCCAGGUCUGUCUUACCGCUGGCUACUCAAUGAGUUUCCCUCAUUCCUGAACACUGAUUCCCGGCGCUUCAUAUCCCAGGUGACUGGUAAUUUGUACAUUGCACGUACAGAAUCAGAGGACAAUGGGGGAUAUUCCUGCCUAACCACCAGCCAUAUCUCUUUUACAACAAAGAGUGUUUACAGCACCUUUUCCAAACUCAUUAUCACACCAGAAGCUGAGCCCCGCUUGUUUGCUCCAAAUAUUAAAGUGCGCUUCCCUGCCGAGUCAUACACUGUAUCAGGCCAGGCGGUGACUUUGGAGUGCUUCGCAUUUGGCAACCCAGUGCCGAGCAUUCAGUGGAGGAAGGUUGAUGGCCCACUUCCCCCUCGUUGGUUAGUGUCCGAUUCUAUUCUUCAUAUCCCAAGUAUCAGCUUUGAGGAAGACGGAACAUAUGAGUGUGUAGCUGUGAACUCAAAAGGCCGGGAUACACACAAGGGACAGGUUAUAGUACAAGCCCAACCAGAGUGGCUUCAGGUUAUCUCUGAUACAGACGCCAAGAUUGGAUCUGAUCUUAUGUGGAACUGUGCAGCUUCUGGGAAACCGCGUCCUACAAUCCGCUGGCUGCGCGAUGGGAAACCACUGACGUCACAGACUCGCAUUGACGUAUCGAAUGGGCAGUUGAAAUUCACCAAUCUGAGUCUGCAGGAUUCUGGAAUGUACCAAUGUGUGGCUGGCAACAAGCAUGGAGCAAUAUACACAAGCGCAGAGCUUACUGUGCAGGCUAUGGCCCCAGAUUUCCGUUUGUCACCUGUAAGGCGUCUGAUUCCGGCAGCUCGUGGAGGUGAAGUUACUAUACACUGCAAUCCACGAGCAGCACCUACCCCAGUCAUCAUGUGGAGUAAAGGAACCGAACUCCUGCAUAAUAGCAGCAGAGUGACAGUUACAUCUAAUGGAACAUUAAUCUUAAAGAAUAUAUCUCGCUCUGAUGAAGGGAAAUAUACCUGCUUUGCAGAGAACUUUAUGGGCAAGUCAAACAGCACUGGAACCCUGAGUGUGAGAGAAGCCACAAAGAUCACCCUUGCUCCAUCUGGCUCAGACAUAAACCAGGGAGAGAAUGUUACUCUGCAGUGCCAUGCCUCCCACGACCCAUCUAUGGACCUGACAUUCACAUGGGAAAUUGAUGGACUCCCCAUUCAUUUUGAUAAAGAAGAGGAACAUUACUACAGAGCAACAGGGAAUGAAGCUGUGGGAGAUUUGCACAUUAUUAAUGCACAGCUGAAGCAUGCUGGGAAGUACACAUGUACGGCGCAGACUGUGGUGGAUCUAGCAUCGGCCUCAGGAUCUCUCCUUAUUCGAGGACCACCUGGACCUCCUGGCGGUGUUGUGGUUAUAGAUGUUGGGGACACAAGUAUUAAGCUGAGCUGGAGUCGAGGAUUCUCUAAUCAUAGCCCUAUCAGUCGCUAUAUGAUCCAAGUAAGAGAAUCUCAAGCAGAAGUGUGGAGAACCGCACGAACAGAUCCACCAAAUAUUGAGGGUAAUGCUGAAUCAGCCCUUGUAGUGGGUCUUGCCCCAUGGACCGAUUACCUGUUCCGUGUAGUAGCAAGUAACAUAUUGGGAGUGGGAGAGCCCAGUAAUCCUUCAGCCAUAAUCCGGACAAAAGAGGCUGCUCCCAAUGUGGCCCCAUCCGGAGUCAGUGGAGGAGGAGGAGCUCCAAAUGAGUUAACCAUUAAUUGGACGCCCAUUGGCAGACAGUACCAGAAUGGAGAUGGAUUUGGCUACCUCAUUGCUUUCAAGAGAAAGGAUGAAGAAUCCUGGCAGAAGGUUAGAGUGCCUGGGGUUCUAUCUCAGCAUUAUGUAUACAGAAAUGAAAGCAUCACUGCCUACACGCCCUUUGAUGUCAUGAUUAAAGGGUAUAAUCAAAAAGGAGAGGGUCCUUACAGCCUGGAAACUACUGUAUAUUCAGCAGAGGAAGAGCCUAUUGUCUCUCCUUCUGAGGUUAAAGCGACGGUUCUAUCAUCUUCAGAAGUAGUGGUGGCAUGGAGCUCUGUGCAGACUGUUAACGGAGUUCUGUUGGGAUAUGAAAUUCGUUACUGGAAGGCUGGAGAUAAGGAGGCCGCUGCAGACAGGGUGAGAUCUGCUGGCCUGGACACUGAGGCACGUGUCAGUGGCCUGAGACCAGACACUACCUAUCACUUUACUGUUCGUGCUUACAACCGUGCUGGUACUGGGCCCUCCAGUCCUACAGCUAACAUUACUACCACCAAAGCACCUCCGAGCCGGCCACCUGGAAACAUCUCAUGGACACUUUCUCGUUCAAAUGUAAACCUGAAGUGGGAUCCAGUUAUAGCAUUAAAGAAUGAAUCAUUAGUCACGGGGUACAAGAUGCUCUAUCGUUUGGAUUCUCAGUCCUCUCCGACCCUCUAUGUAACAAGCAAGACACGAAUGGAGCUUCCACUGCCUGAAGGAGCCAGCCACGUGACCAUACAGCUACGGGCCACAGGGAAAGGAGGAGAUGGGGCCGCCUCAGAAGUUCAUAUUCCCACAGAUUCUGGUACAAUCAUGAUGGUUGAAAAUUCUGCCUCCGGUCCCGUAUUUCAGGCUCUGCUGACAAACUCGGCAGUCUUAUUGGUUCUGAGCCGGUACAUUGUAGUCUGAAAUCCUGGAUCUAUCACCCGUGUGACCUGUGGAAGACUGAAGAGACAGGGCUGACCAUUUCAUCUCCCCGAAUCUCAAACAUGACUAUCCCUAAACACUAAAGAAAGUUUGAAUGUUUUCAAAUUUUGAAGGUGAUAGUAAACAAGGGUUAAGCCUUUAAUUCUGGGAGUUUGUGGAGGACACCAUUAGUAGAAAAUGGUUAAAACACCUGGAGCUUUUUUUUUUAUCAAGGAAGCUGGGUUUAAGUUCAGAUUGUGGGGGAAUGCAGCACUUUUCUGAUGUUACACAUGAGAGGAUUUUGUCGUAUUAAGCCAUGUGUACAUGCUUUAUAAAUAGCAAGACUUUUUUUUCUAAAAAAAAAAACAACCUUUGUCUGUCAUUUGUGUUUAUUGCAGUAUUGUAAUAUUUAGCAGCCAUGUGAAGAUGUACCCAGGGUAUUUUACUUAAGGAUACCUUGAGAAGAACAGUUCAACUUUGUGGUACAACAAUGCUUUUCUAUGCAAUGCAUACAUGGGUUAAAGGGACACUCACCUGCCCAAAUACAAUAAAUCACUGUUUAGUAGAUAUAUCCCCAAUGACAACAUGCGUGUAUUUAAUUGUGGGUUCUUUUCUUUGGGGUUUAUCUUAAUAACAGCUUGCAAACAAAGCAGAUCUCUUGUCUGCAGCCUUUGUUUUAAAUCUUUUUAUUGUAUUUUUGAGCGCAAAAUAAAAUCAGGCACAGUUCAAAGAAGGUGAGAAACAUGCGUUUUCCUGCGCAGAGGCCUAUUAGGUCAGCAGAGGAUCAUAACAGAAUAGCAAACUGGCACAGUCAGGCAUAGUAACUUAUACUGCGGAAACAUAUGUGACUGCAUCUGGUUGGAUCGUAUAGUUAUACAAAUUCAACAUUCAAGAAUGAAGCCUAAAGAUAACCUGGUGGCAUCAUGCGUCAAUGUAAUGGCAUAUUGAUCAGUAGGCAGAAGCAUGUUAGCAGGUCUUAAUAACCAUAGUUUUCCAAUACAAAUGUAUGUGACCAUGCAUGCGUAUAGUAAGAAUUUAGUAUUAAUCAGCAUAGAUCAGGGUUUAGAGUGGCUCUAACAAGUAUACAUCUAAGAUAUGCUGUUUGUAGUAGGGAAACAUGUAAUACUAAGGUAUAAUGGUUCAAAGCCAGUGUGUGUGAAAAAUGUUAGCAUUCAAUUAACGGUACAUACAAGAGUAAUUUUCUGCAGGUAUCAAUUGUAAACAUAAUGAUAUAUUGGUCAGACUGCGUAGGUCUGCUUAAGAAAACUUAACUGGUUGCGUUAUAACAUCACCUAAUAAGACCUACGCAAGUAGGCCAGCUACAUUCAAAGUUUAGGA